GCGCUAAACCGAUCCCCACCCAGUGAUCCCCACUCACUCCAAAUCCCCUGCCACCACCCCUCAAGCCCCUACCACCGCCAGCCUCUUCCUCCCCAGCCCUGAUUCUGAAAACUCUGUCCCUGUGUGAAUCCGGCUCUUCACGCAAGCCAUUUUCUAACUUUGUCCCGAAUAGAAAAAAGGAGAAAACAACGCGAAAGUGGAGAUAGGAGCAAACCGGAUAAGUGUUCUAUUGCCCCGAUUGUUGGCCCGCGGCGGGGUGCAAAAAGGGCAGGCCGAAAAAAGACCAUACGAUGUGGAUCUGGUACAUCUUGCUUAGUUCGGGGACGGGCUCAAGCUCGGUUGAGAGCCAGCUCCUUCCGGGGAACAACUUCACCACAGAGUGUAACAUCCCAGGGAACUUCAUGUGUGGGGACGGGAAGUGUGUCCCAGGCGGGUGGCAGUGUGACGGACUGCCCGACUGCUUCGACAAGAGCGACGAGAAAGGCUGCCCCAAGAUAAAGUCCAAGUGUGCUCCGACGUUUUUCGCCUGUGCCAACGGGAUCCACUGUAUCAUCGGGCGCUUCCGUUGUAACGGCUUCAGUGACUGUCCUGACGGGAGCGACGAGGAGAACUGCACAGGUAACCCGCUGGUGUGCUUGGAGGCCCGCUUCAAGUGUCGUAACGGGCGCUGUGUGGACCGCAGCUUCCUGUGUAAUGGACAAGACAACUGUCAGGACAACAGCGACGAGGAACACUGCCUCACCACCGCAGAGGCUCCAGGUCAGGACUUUGUAACUCUGGACUACCGGCUGCGUUACUACCCCAGCAUCACCUACGCGGUCAUCGGCAGCGCUGUCAUCUUCGUCCUGGUGGUGGCGCUGUUGGCCUUGGUCCUGCACCAUCAGAGGAAGCGCAGCGUGCUGCUGCCCCGUGGGGUCCGGGGGUCCUCCCACCACCACCACCACCACCAGCCCCUGCUGCUGUCCCGCCUGGUCAUCCUAGACCGGGGACAUGUCCACCCGGCUGGCCCUGGCCUCUCCCCCACCUCCCCGUCUGCUGCGGCCCAGUACGCUGCAGGUCCCCCAGGGCUACAGCUGCUGUCUGGGGCCCUCUACCCAGCUGGCAUGCCCAUGGACUCACCACCUUCCUACUCCCAGGCUGUACUGGAUGUCAGCCGGCCUCCUUGGUUCGACCUCCCCCCGCCUCCCUACCUCCCAGACGGGGAGGAGUUGCCGUCAGAAGGUGAGCUGCCCCAGUACGAAGCCACCACAGUGCCCUCCACUCAGCCAAAUACAUGCCCAUCUGAGACCCCUACACCCAGAACUGUGGCCCCAGGCUUGUCCCGGCCUAGCCUCAGCUCCAGAGAGGAGUCGGACCAGCUGUAGUCCUCUGGUUACUGCAUCUACGUAGGACUAGUACCCAGCCUCAGCGCUGUGGAUGGCUGAAGAGAGAAGAGCUGUGCGAUAUGUUAAGGCCCAAAGCACUGUCCUGCCUGCUGUGGGAAUGAGAGACAAGGCGCUAUUCUACCUAUAGCUACAACUGACUGACUGACUGACUGAGGCACUUGGAAUCAUUGCUCUUGUACGCUGGCGCCCUCUGCUGGAAAUGUAUCUACAUAUCCCUGACUGGGCUUACUACUCAUCCAAUCAAUCAUCAGUCAAUUGCAUUUAAUCUGUGGCUAUAUAGCGUUUUUUACAAAUUAAUUUCUCACAGUCUGCUUAACAGAAACCAGAGCCUAAGCUUCUAAAGACUGAGAAAAACUCCCACAGCCUCCCAACACUAUUCAUCUCCUGUUGGACUGGUGAAGACCAGUUGGGUGGUUGGGCGAAGAUCUUUUAGCUUGGAUUAAGUUGACUGGAUAGAUGGUCAACCUGUGUAGUACAGUCAUGCAUUAACAAUGAAGUAGGAGUCGCACUAACUAACAGUAUUUGUGGUACUCAUAAUGGGUCAAAUGUCACAUGGUGUUACAGUGGCAGAUGUAUAUGUUGUUUAAGAAUAGUGAAAAAGGCACAGUGUCAUAUCUGUAAUGUUACGGUUUAGCACAUUAGGACAACCAGCUAGCCACAGAAGCUCUUGGGUCGUGGACAUACUGCACUUCCCUCCCAUCCAUAUUGCAUGAUGCUGGUUCUCUUCAAUCUCUAUUCUCAUUGGCCAUCUCUUUCGUUUCAUAGGAAUAACUGGAAUCAUAUUGCUCUGUUAUAGAGCACUUAUCGGGGUUGUUGAGUAUGCACGUAACUUGUGUUUUGGCAGGAACUCAAAUGGAAGUAUUAUUUAAGGAAGAGAACAUGUGGAUGAAAAUACUCUUACUGAGUAAGGUCCCAAAGUAAGGUAGUUUCUUUUGGUAUCUGUGCCUUUUCAAAUCACUAAAAUAUACGUUUAACAACUGUAUGUCUACUGUCCCACUCAGAUCCUAUUUUGACAGCAGUUCAUUGAGAUCUUGUUCUACUGCCUAUGAUGACAGUGCAAAUUGCUUUGUUUUGAUAUAUCUCCUCAGACACUGGCAGAGAGGAGCAGAAUGUUCAGACUGCACUUCAUGUCUGACUAGUGUUUUUAUGUUGAUUAACGUUACACUCUGCUGCCUGAGAGCACAGGACAAACAUUUUGUCAGGGAAGAGAUGAAAACAAUUAAGGAGUUGUUUGCGUUAGUGCAUAAAGAGGAAGAGGAAGUUGAAAUGAUGUGGAGCAGAGACCAUUCCACUUGGUGCCUUGGAACACAAGCGUGUACAUUGAAAUAAGCAUUUAGGAUUAUCCUCAAGUAAAAACAAAUCUCAAUUGCAUUCAAGCAUUUUUGUUGAACAAUGUAUAUUUUCAAAACGAGCCUCACAACACACAGAACUAUGUGGCUGCUUGCAAAACAGUAAAUGCAUGAAUACAUUCAGCAAGGCUAAAUGAGACCGAAAUUGCAAAUUCAUCAAAAGAAGACGACUUACUGCAAAAACAUCCAGACAAACAUACAGUGCAUUGGGGUACUGUGUGUCGGUUUAUGAGGGGAAAAUAUAAUUUCAUCCAUUUUAGAAUAAGGCUGUAACAUAACAAAAUGUGGAAAAAGUCAAGGGGUCUGAAUACUUUCCCGAAUGCACUGUACAUAUAGCUGACAAAACAGAAAGUGAUUCUGUCUUUUAAAAAUACCAGUUGGUCAAUAGGUUUUCUUUGCAGUCACUACUACAUCAUGAUGAUCGAAACAGGAAAUACAACUAUCAAAUGGUGCAGAAUUAUGGACAAUCUCUCUCCUUUUUUUGCAUACUUUACCAAACAAUUUCAUACAUAUCAAAUCAAGUAUUAUUCAUGAAAAACAAAGCACAUUGUUUGCAGAAUUCACUGAUAUCAUCACAAUCCAAUUCCAUGUAUUCAAUGCAUACGCUGUUCUGCUCAUAGGUUUGUAGACUUUCCAUUGGCAAGCAGAAACACAAUCCCCAAUAGAUCUAAGGACAGGUGAAUACAGUGGAGGAACACUGAAUUUAUAGGCGUCAACCCUCACCAAACCAAAGGUGUGUAAUAUUGGAGAUGACUUGUCUCAUGAGUACUUAGAUGGAACUGAACUUCAUUUUCUGCAUCUCUGCAUGUUGUAAACAAUCAUACAUCUUAGGCUGUCCGCAUUGCGUAGAUCUUUCCCUAUAUUGUACCGGAUUUACUAUAAAUAAAACCAUUGACUAUU